UUUUGUUUCCUAGUCUCAAUGGUUUGUUUUACGCUAUUUAUCUCCAACGUCACACAUUAGCUGCAGAACCAUUAAAAGUAGAGAGUUGAAAAACCCUACAGUUGACAAAAUUCCGUUUCGAUUUGUUUCCGAAAUCAGGAUUAUUUACUAGUUUUUAUGGGUGUGGAGGGGAAUUUAGCAGAGGUAGAUAUGAAAGAGGAUAGUGCUUGCCAAAGAUGGACCUUGUCUAGACAUGCUUUUUAUGAUUUAGCACAUGUUUCUCCUGUGGUGUUUAUGGUCAUGCUCAAAGAAUGUUAUUAUUAUGGCAAUUGUAAGGCGACAGUGAAGUUCCGAGCACUUCAAGAACAACUAUGUCUUGUGCUCCGUAAUGAUCCGAAACCUGGACCGGCAACUUUUGUUGUUCAGUGUCUGUAUGUGUCUCCUAUGUUUGACAAUCAAAGUCAAGGAUUUACUCAUUUGAUUAUAUCUGCUUUUCGCCGUUUCAUGAAAAAAUCAACAUCAAUCACUACAGAAGAAGACUUAUUGGAUGUCAAAAACGCAGCUGCGUAUCUACUUGUUGAUAUUAUUAGGGGCCAGAUCAAGCAUGAUGAAAUGAUAGUCAUGAAAAUACUGGAGACUUUUAAUGUGAAAUUGGCGAAUGUUGAGAAUGCACUGUGCCAAAAUAAAGAAAACGAUGAUUUAAGUUGUGGCAUGGCAAAGGAGUUGAUUGAGCAGUAUACUUUUGAAUUGGUGAAAUCUCAGUUGUACACUAUAGCUGUCACAUUAAUGGAGCAUUUCUCUAUUUCCAAUUACGGCCAAUCUUUUUUCCUUGAGAUGAUAAAGAGUAAUCAAUUUAAAGCAGCAGAGAAGUGGGCAACAUUUAUGGGGAAGCCUAUGUUGUCCAUACUUGUUGAGGAGUUCGUUAAGAGAAACAUGCUAAAAGAUGCUUACGCGCUUAUAAAGAAAAAUAAUCUAAAGGAGGAUUUUCCAGAGGUAUACAAGAGGUGUAAAGAAAGCUCACUAAAGAGCUUAGCAGAAAAGGGAUGUUGGGAUGUUGCUGAGGCUAGAAUAAACAAUGAUAGACAGCUUAUGGAAUAUUUGGUUUAUUUGGCAAUGGAAGCUGGUUACAUGGAAAAAGUUGAUGAACUGUGUGAACGGUACUCCCUAGACAGAUUUUUGAAUAUUAAAGAACUUGAAACCAGUAUCCCACAAGGACGCUAUUUACAGCUUGAGGAAUUGAUGAUUGAAGACAUUAUUUGGGUUGAUGAAGUUGAAAGUUUGCUUGAUGCUACAUGUCAGAUUGAGGAUGCUAAAGUCAUAGGUCUUGAUUGUGAGUGGAAGCCUAAUUAUGUAAAAGGCAGCAAGCCAAACAAGGUUUCUAUCAUGCAAAUUGCUUCUGAAAAGAAGGCCUUCAUACUUGAUUUGAUAAAGUUACAUGAAGAGGUGCCUGAAUGUUUAGACAACUGUCUAACCCGCAUUUUGCUGUCACCUGGAAUUCUAAAACUUGGGUAUAAUUUCCAAUGUGAUAUAAAACAACUUGCUCACUCAUAUGAAGAGCUGCAAUGUUUCAAGAACUAUAAAAGGUUGCUAGAUGUCCAGAAAAUUUUUAAAGAUCCCCAUGGCGGUUUGGCUGGGCUUGCACAGAAAGUACUGGGCGCUGGUUUAAACAAGACAAGACGAAACAGCGAUUGGGAGCAGCGACCUUUAACUCGAAAUCAACUGGAAUAUGCCGCCCUGGAUGCUGUUGUACUUGUUCACAUAUUCCGCCAACUUCCCGAUCAAGGAGAUGAGUGGAAGUCUUGCAUGGAGUCCCACACUGAAACCACCAAGAGCAAGACCAAGAAGUACAAGAAACGUACCAAAAAUUGAAGGAGAGCUUCUCUUUCCAUCCUAAUUUUCUUACGGUGGAAAACGAAUCGAAGCUCCCAUAUUAAAGAGGCCGGGGUUGAGACCAAGAAGUAUUGAUCGUCUAACUUGUAAAAAGUAUGAUAGAAACUUUCAAAUGCAAAAAAAAAAUAAAAAUUUUAUUGUCAUGAAAUGUAAAUAUUUUCUGUCCAUCAGAUUUCAUUGAAUAUUAUCUUUGAUUUUCUUUUUUCUUCAAAUGGCUGUUUUGUGUUCUUGGAUAUAAAAUGCCUGUUUAGAAUGUGACAAUUUAGACAUUCUAUAUUUAUAGCUGCUAUUAUGGUUAGUUAGAUUAAAUCCCAAAAUAAACAGUACUAUAUAAAAUGCAGCUGAGAUUUGAGAAUGAUGAGCUUGGCUAAAUUCAGACUUUACAUAUCCUCUCCCACUCUUUUUGUAGCAACGCAUACCUUUUUCCCUUAUCCACCUCUCCUUCCUUUUUUACCAAAAAUAAUGAGUAAAGUUGCAUAUAUAAUAUUAUUCCAAACGUUACAUGAUUCUUUAGUUUCAUCUCCAAAGUCCUCUCUUACCUUCUCUCUAGGAGGAGAAAAGAGAGGUAUAUAAUCCAACAUCAGAUUUUAUACACACAAAAAAGAGGUAUAUAAAAUCAAAUAGAUGGAAGCAAUCGGGCAUCGGCAACCUCGAUCAUUUUAUGGAGCUCCAAGUGUGUAUGAUCAGCACGGUAAGCGUGUGAAAACCUACACCUUCCGCGAGAAGGAAACACAAGUAGCAAGGAGCCGGGACAAGACCUCUCCUUGUUCUUAUAAUUAUGAACCUUCUCUUCCACAUAAUCAGCGUACAGAGAUCGCGAGCAAACCAGCUUCCCGGUCGUCGUGGUGGAAUGACAGGGAUUUGGAUAGAAAACGUAGGGUGGCCAAAUACAAGCUUUAUGCAGUUCCGGGUAAACUCAAGUCUUCUCUCCAAAAGGGGUUUCAUCAUUUGAAGAUGACAUGCAAGAAGAUUCUAGUUUAAUGUGUGGGACGUAACGUGUCUGUUUUAUCUUGCACAUAAUAUUAUAGAUUAGGGAUAUCAUGGAUCCUUAAUUCAUGCAUUUUUGUGAGAGUUUGAUUUUCAUUUUGACAUAUACAUGUUGCUUGUUUGUAAGCUUUGUAUAUUUUGGUCACAUGCAAAUCAGAUUAUACAAUGAUUUGGUAAGAUAAAAGAUUUUGUUCCUGUUUAGCCACUUCUUUUUGUACACGGUUAAUUUUUAGGAACGCAAUGAUUUUUGAUACAGCUCAUUAUAGCUUCGACGUGGUUUGCUCAAA